UGAGUCGUGAUCAACAAGAAACCGAGGUACCUAUCACACACCCAGAUGCAGGCUACCACCGGUAGGAAGAAGGAGCACGGUUGCCACGUGGAUGUCAACAGACGACCUUGCGGCCAAGACACCACUUCUCCUGAAGACUUUCCAAACAGGAAGAGACAUCAAUUCCAGCUUCCUUGUCCCCAGUGUCUGUUUCGCUGCCUUACCUAGGCGACCUUCCUUCCCGCGAGCCCGAAGACUUAACAAGGAAACCUUCACCUUCAAGAACGGAUCAACCUAUGAGCUCAUGUCAUUCGGAGGAUGCACUAGGUUCGGGACACCUUGGACCAACAGUCGCCCGCAGACUGCAGACUUCGUCCUUCUAGUCGUCCGCGUUAUCGACCGAGACCGCCUCGUCGAGGCUGCCGAAGAACUCUCCAGAUCAAUGUCGUUCAUACAGCACCAGACAAAGUGUCACGACAUGUGGGUUCUGCUUAACAAGCAGGAUCUAGCUACAGGCACAGAGAGAGAAGACUGCGUCGAUGACGCAAGGCAGCGUUUGGCUGCCGUCACCAGGCAGUGGGCGGACGACUGGACCGUCAGGAUUGUCCAUACGCCCGGCCUCAGCGCCCACACUGCAGAGGAGAGACGUGACCAGAUCACCUUGCGGUACAGUGGAAACUGACAAGAGCUCUCAGGAUGCAGUCCUUCCAGAACGAGAGCUAUUCGAAGCAAAGAUAUUGGAAGCGAAUCAGACACGGCCAAAAUCUGAAGUGUUCUGGCAGUCGGUUCUAGACUGUGC